AUGGGAGCAGCAAAGUGUACCCUAUCAGUAAAAGAUUAUAUAUUACUCCAGACAAUUAUUAAUGAAUGGCAUGGAUCACCUGAUAUUGAAAUGUGUUUUUCGAUUUGGCAGAAUAUGAAUAAACCGAAAUCUAAAUCUACAGUAUCAUUUUUACAUGCACUAUGUUUCAACGUACGUGGACUUGAUCCUAGAUGGGAAGAAAUAAUGAUGUUAACGUUGAAAGAGAAUUUUGAUGUAAUCAUUUUACUAGAAACUGGUAAAUUUGAUACAACUACUAUGACAGAUGCCCUUCCACAAUAUAAUAUGUUCUAUCAAAAAGGUGAAAAUUCUCAUAAUGGUGUAUUGGUACUUGUUCGACAAAAUAUUAGAGCACGUCCGAUACCUUGCGAUCCCCCUAAUGUUUGCGCAAUAGAUCUUCACGUCCAUGAAAUUAUUAGAUUAGUAGAAAUGUGUGCACCGGAAAGUAAGACUUGGACAUGGAAUGAUCUUUCGAAAUUAAUAUCAACUGAAUGUGUAUUAUUGGGCGAUUUUAAUGUCGAUCUUGAAGAAGAUGUUGAUAAAGCACAACCUUUACUCGCAUGGGCCGAUAGUUUGUCAUUGGCGCCCUUUAGUCCUGACCAGUGGCGGCGGAACGAUUUCAGUCUAGGGAAGGCUCAAAAUCUUUUUUUCUCACCAUAUGUAAACUAA